AUAAACCUUGCGAAACAGCCUCGUUGACGAUUGCGGGGAAUGCUCCCACCAUCUAAAACUACCAGAGUGUGACAUUUACGAGAUAAUAGAUUGACGAGUGAGGUCAUGGGUGUUCGUAUCCAUUUUGUUAAUCCUCUAUGAUGCGUCAAUACCCCCGGGCGUGUUGAUAUCCAGUCGACCCUGCCAAGCCACGUCCGUUCGCCUGACGCGGUCGAAUGAUGGCAGUCAGCGGGGCACGCAACUGACAGAAUGGGCUUGGCUUAAGGGUUCACAGCCUCAAAAGCCUCCCUCUUGCCAGCGAAAGAGCGAUCAUGCGAGGAAAGAACCAAGAUUUCAGAGAAGAGGUUACGGGGUGAUCCUUGGCGCUAAGCAGAUCGUUGCCCACUAUAUGAUCAGCGUCGCUUCCCCUCAUGAAAGACAUUUAUUUUUGACAUGUAGACAACCUUUUACUGGGGAUAAUCUGUCGAAAGCAAUUGUCAAAAUUCCCCGUGCAUUGAUUGGAUCUCCUACUCCCAACUUCUACCCAUACAUCAACAAAUAGCCAAAACGGGCCACUCAUUGCGCAAGAGGGUUCGAGGCUGGAAGCGCAUUAUUAUGGCGCAAGACCAGCCCGCCAAAGGUUUGGCCACAGCUCCCAAGGCGAGUGAAAAUGGGAACGCAGAUACGAAUCUCGCACAACGACCAGCAGUGAAGGAACGUCGCGGGUCUGCGAUCCUGAAUUUCCUUUCCUCCUUAAUAGGCUCAAAGAACCCGCUUGCCCAUGCGGCGGACCCACAGAAGAACACAGUCUGGUUGCUGGAUAACACGGCCUAUCAACCUGUCUCGGAUGCACCGAAUCGAGGAAACAAGGCGCAAUCAUGGCAGGCCGAAUUUGUUGUUUGUAUCUUCGAGACAGAAGGUCGUAAAGAUGUCGGUAAGCUCGUUGCCGCCAUCGCUGAUCAUAUCGGUAUCGAUGGGGAGUAUGGCCGGGAUGAUGAGGAGACACGCAAGCGUAUAGCGAGGCGUGUACAGCCCUUCUUGGACCAAGUCUCUCCCGCACGGACAGUCAAGCUGGAAGUGAUCAUAAACGGAGUCAAACGGACGCAUUCGCUGGGCGGCUCGGACCGAAACGGCAUCAUUAGCCAAAUUGUUGACCUCGGCGCGUCUGGCGUGACAGAUGGCACGGUUAUUCAUCCACGAGUUCACAAUUUCAAAGGACCAACGGCCACGAGGGAAACGCACUUCGCCGCACCCAAGGGCUGGAUGGUGAUCUCGGACAUCGAUGACACGAUCAAGCGGACGAUGACACUUGAACCAACGGGAAUCCUUCGCACGACCUUUGCUGAGGAACCCGUUCCGAUUGCCGGCAUGCCGGAGUUCUAUCGGCAUGUCCAAGACCAGCUGAAUCCGACGUGGUUCUACCUUUCAGCAUCGCCUUACAAUCUGUACCCAUUCCUGCACCAGUUCCUACAUGAGAAUUACUUGCCAGGCACACUGAUCCUGCGUGACUAUUCCUGGAUGGAUAUUAGCGGGCUGAUCAAGUCGUUUACCGAGAACACCCAGGAGUACAAGGUUGAUCGGAUGGAGAAGAUUCGGAGCUGGUUCCCGCAACGGAAGGUGCUUUGCAUUGGGGAUUCAACGCAGAAAGACCCCGAGGCUUAUGCAGAGAUGUACAACCGUUAUCCGGAGUGGAUUCAUGCUAUCAUGAUUCGGAAGGUUACUGAUGUGGAGCAUAUGGAAGACAAGAACAAGCCCGAGAGAUUUGAGGAGGCAUUUAAGAAUGUUCCGGCUUCCGUGUGGACUCUUUUUGAAGAUGCGGAGGAGCUGUAUGCUUUUGUUGAUGGGCUGGGAAUGGAAGAUCGAACCGUGUAAAUAGCAUCCUUAUCCUUGUCUAAUUAGGUAUACCUUGCGCCUGAAGGGCGCCUUCCCAACAAUUCUCUCUAGCAUGCAGGGCGUUACAUAACCAGA